AUGAGUGUGAGCAGUAGACAAGCUUUUGGUGGGGGUCUAGUGCGAGAUGAUGAAGGGAAAAUGAUCUUUGCGUACUAUAAGGAAUUUGGGGAGUGUGAUGUGCUUAUGGUAGAGGGUCUCUCGCUUCUGCAUGGGUUGCGGCUUUGUCUUCAAAGGGAGGUUCAUCUGUUGAGGGUAGAGGUGGAUUCAGCUACUCUAGUAGAACCGGUCACGACCAAUGCACUUGCAAAGUCGCCAUUGCGUAAUGUGGUGCGGGAGGUAAGGUGGAUCCUUGGUCAGUUAUCUGGCCAGCUACGACAUGUAUAUCGGGAAAGGAAUGCAGCAUCUGAUGCUUUGGCUUCUUUGCAGUUAGGGCAAGACAACUUCUGGAUAGAGUUUUGA